ACAUCUUCUAAAAGCGAUAUCCCCACAAGAGGUAGAAGGGUUCGUUUACAGACUGACAGGAAGACAUUGCAAGAGGCUUGCUAAGGCCGUAUGAAUCAUCGAUGAGAAUAGAAUCGCCACCAUCAUGGACGAAGACAAUGAAGAUCUUGUUCUCAUUCAGUCAAUGGUCAACGACUGGAUAGAAGGACAGGAAUGCUGCAACUUCAAGAAGAGAUGCAGGCUUGAUGAUGCCACCAUCAAAAUUGGCCGCCAUGAUUUGACGGAUUCAUUUGGGACAACCAGCUUCCGGGUUGAAACAGGAGGUAUUUUUGAAAGACCACAUCCCAAAGCCGGGACUUUCAAAAGCAGCAGUAUAUUCGAUGACGAUCUGGCAUCUGUGCUGAAGCAUCUUCCUACAUGUGCGACACCGUUGUUUCUUGAGAAGCUAGGCAUUUCAGUUGACGAGCAAGGUGACGAUUUUGAGAAGCUGCGAUGUUGGAGAGACCAAAGUAUCAACGAGUCUAACAGACAUACCCUGCAGGACCUUGUUUUGAUUCAUAGAGAUGCGAUGAACAAGACGAAUGACAGUCAUGUAUUUGACUUGAACGAUGAUGAACUUGAGAACGUGAUUGGAAGCAUGACCUCCGGGAAACAAGUGGAAGAACUUACCUCAAGACUCGGGAUAAAACUCGACAAGGAACAAUCACCUCUACUAAAGCUCCAGGAAUGGACGAAUAAAUGUAAUGGAGACGAACGCCGUGAAACGCUGAGAAAAGCUCUUCAUGCUAUGGAUUUGUCAGGAUGCAUCGUUGACCACCUUCCUGCAAAACAUGUUGACCAAGCUGAGCUGGUACGUUUGGCAUGGACUUUGUUUUCUAUCGACGUUUGGCCAUUGGCAACGCUUCUUGAUAUAGACAUCAACAAAGGGAAAACGGUCGGAGAACCACAAAUGAGGGGAACUGUACAUCUUCUGAAUCAACUAUUGAAGAAGUCGAAGGGUCUUGAUGAGCAUCGCCGCCUUGAUUUCUGUGUUGCCAUUAUAAAUCUUGGUUACUUGGAUGUUGCUAGAUCAGGCUAUUUUGGUUAUGACGCGAGCCUCAGUGAACUUUGCAACAUGACGUCGGGAUUGUCGGAAGUAGAACUUGUAAAAUUUGUCGACCAUCUUGGAUUGGAGAAAGACGUUCUUUCAAUCUGUCAAGGAACAACAGGAGCAUACGACAACCUCAGACUUAUGAAGGUCUGGAGAAACCAACUUAGACUACAGCCACUUCACUUCAGAUUCGAGCUAGCUGUGGGUCUUCGCGCUGUUGGAAGAACCGAGAUUGCCAGUAAGAUUCUCGCCGGUAGGCAUCAUACUAAUGAAGUAGGUUCCAGCGUUGUCGAAAGCAUAUGCAACAGUCUAGAGAAUGAUCAAAUGAAAAGACUCCGUGAACACCUUAGACUGAAGACUCAGGAUGACCAGAGUCCUACAACGGUUACAGCAGCACUUGUGACGGAGUGGGCACGAAACUGGUUAGAAGAGUUCGGAAACAUUUCAGUAAUGAAAUUAUUCAAGGACAAGAUUAAGUGUCCGGAAAAUACUAGCGACAAUGAAUCUGAAGUCUAGCCAGCAACAAAACAAAAGUGAGAAGACAGUUAGCAAUCGUGAAUCUGAGCCUAACAACUGAAUAAAACAUUGACAUUUCAUGAACUUUGUUUUACAAAAAUGAGAGUGUGCUGCUUUUUGUUUUGCUUCCUUUUUUUCUUCCUUUCUUCCUAUUUUUCUUCUUCUUUGUCUUGUUCUUCUUCUUCCGUAUAACCCUUUGGAGCUAAAUUGACAACUCAAGUUUGAAGAUCCACAAAAGGGGGUAGAAAAGGGGUAUCGAAUGCAUGUCGCAGCACUAAUGUCCUUUUUGAAGACUUUAGUCUAUACAGUCACCACACGCCACCCAGGUAAGGUUAAUGGGUACCUGCCAAGAAUAAAUUCCUUAGAAAUGCUCGGGCGCUGUAAUGGCAGCCGUGCUAAUGCCGUUGUAAUAAUGACAGAGCGCCAGGAGUGGCAUAAUGUACGCGACUCCACUAUUAUUAAUUUGUAACGUGGCCCAAUAUGAUGAGGUUGCUUGAUGCCUUAUAUGAACCUUGUCGAAAUGGAAUCGUUGAUGACGUGCGACAACAUCCGGUAUUGAUGUUUGGUUGUAUGAUUUAUUAAAAUACUGAACUUGGAAUUAUAUUAAGUGUACAAUAUAGAAACAAUUUCACUUACAGAUCAAUGUUGUAACAAUUAUAUUAAGGAAACUAUCAACAUUCAUAACAGUGGGAAAGGCGGUGACCACAGUUGCAUGCUGCCGGCAUUCUCUCUGUAUUUUAAUUGUAUUUAGCUCAGUCCUGGCAUGCUCAAUCUCGAGUAUGUUCAUGGAAGUCUGUGCAUUGUCACAU